CCCUUCUGGGUGUACCAGACUGACGCUGACCACGUGUCUCGAAACUGGUUGUGUCAGCAGAAAUGUAAGAAUCGGAGGUCUGUGAAAGGAGCGAAUGCGAAAUUUUCAAUCGUGAUGUAAUUUAUCACAAACCCUAAUCUUUUAAUGGACCCACCAAAUCCCACCGACGAUGACGACGAUGAAGUCUUCUUCGACGACUUCCCCUGCCACAAUUGCCUUCAUGACGAUCAAUCAGAUCAGUCCUCGUUGGAAACCAAAGACAUCCCCUCGCCUCUGCGGCGCCGUUCGCUCUCUCGUCGUCGAAGUGAAAUUCAUCGAAAUUUGAAGGAGAAUGAAACUGUAAUGGAUAAAAGAUUGGACUCGGCUGUGGACCGAGUUGACUCAUUCCGAGUCAGUCAAGAGAAGACUGAAGAAUCGGCGGUAACUUUCGAAAAUGAGGACCCGGUUGGUGACUCUGUUGAUUCGGUAGACUCUGAGUCUUCGAGUUUGCUAGUUUAUAUUGCUGGGUUAAUGAUUAAAGCAAUUUGGUUUCAAUUCAAUUUGCUAAUUACCUUCGUUUUAUUUCCUGUAUCGAUUUUAUCUUCUUUCUACAUGUUUGUACUUGACCCAUUUCGUACAUUAAAGCGUGGAAGAGAGUGUUUGAUGCUAAAGUUUUACAAUUUAUGGAAUUUGAUUUAUGGGAUUGUUAGUCCUUUGAUUCAUGACUGGUUAAAAGGGAAUGAAUGGGUAUGGAAGCUUUUUUUGAGAUCAGGUUGGGGCUUUUUUUGGUCUAUUUAUGUAUGCUCUAUGUUGUGUGGGUUAUUGCUGUUGGCAGUCGUGAUUAGUGUGUUUUUUAUGAGGUUUUUGGUGAAGGAGCCAAUUCAAAUAGAAGAGACUCUGAAUUUUGAUUACACAAAGAAUAGUCCAGUCGCGUAUGUACCUAUUCAGUCUUGUAAGGGUGUUUUUUGUGGCUUCAAUUGUGAAGAGAAGAGUUUAGGGUCUCGGGUUAUACCAGUGGAUCAUAAGUUGCAGGUUAUUGUCAUGUUGACAUUGCCAGAAUCAGAUUACAAUCAAAAACUUGGGAUUUUUCAGGUCAGAGUAGAACUCCUUUCUUCUAAUGGCAAAACACUUGUGAGUUCAAGCCUUCCUUGCAUGUUAAAAUUCAAAAGUGAACCUGUCCGUCUUCUUUUGACUUUCCUGAAAGUUGCUCCAAUUGUUGCUGGGUAUGUAUCAGAAUCUCAAACACUGAACGUGAAGCUUAAAGGUUUCAGAGAAGGGCAUGUGCCUACUUCAUGCUUAAAGGUGAAAAUUGAACAACGAGCAGAAUAUGUGGCUGGUGCCGGUAUCCCUGAAAUAUAUGAUGCCUCACUUAUCCUUGAGUCAGAACUUCCAUUUUUCAGAAGAAUUAUAUGGUAUUGGAAGAUAACCAUAUUUGUAUGGAUUACCAUUACGUUGUUUAUAAUGGAGUUGUGCUUCACGCUAAUCUGUUGUAGACCUAUUAUUCUUCCAAGAGCAAGACCAAGGGGUGGUUCUGCAGGCAAUAGUGCCCGACCAAUUAGAAUCCAGUCACAAACAUAGUUAAGGCCAUAAGGCUUCAGCGGAAUCCAGUCACAAAACAUUGUUUAGACCAUGCGGCGUCAGCAGAAUUCGGUCACAAAUUUAGUUAUGGUCAUGAGGCUUCAGCAAACUUGACUAAACUGAUGUUAGCAAAGGUUAACAUCACUCCCAACACUUUCACAGCCAGAUUCCUCGUAAUUUGAUCUUUUCUUAUUUGUAAAUCCUUUUUGGCAACUAUGUACAUGUCUUUAUGUUGUAAACUCAAUGGUAUAAAUUAAUCUACAUGUAACAUUCAUUUAGAGUUGUAUUUAUCAGGAAUAUUUCUUUUGGAA